CUCUCUCUUUGGGCACUCACAUCUGGGAUACAAACAGACAGGCCUCCGUUUGGAAUACAGCUGUGAUGGGACCUUUGAAUCUCCUUCCAGCCAUGGUUCUGUCCAUGUGUUCUCAGUUUACAUUUGCUUGGACGGUGAAUAACUUCCUCAUGACUGGACCUAAGGCUUUCCUGACUUAUGCCGGCAGUGUGCAAGUUGGCGCACAAAGUGGAAUACAUGAGUGUAAACACCAGUUCGCGUGGGAGAGGUGGAACUGCCCAGAAAACAGGCUCCAAUUAUCCACACACAACGGCCUUCGAAGUGCCACAAGGGAGACGUCUUUUGUCCAUGCCAUCAGCGCGGCUGGAGUAAUGUACACGCUCACCAAGAACUGUAGUAUGGGAGACUUUGACAACUGCGGCUGUGAUGACUCCAGAAUUGGACAGACAGGUGGUAGAGGAUGGAUAUGGGGAGGCUGCAGUGAUAAUGUGGCGUUUGGAGAGAAGAUCUCCAAACAGUUUGUGGACGCGUUGGAAGGUGGGCAUGACUCACGCGCAGCCGUCAACCUGCAUAACAAUGAGGCAGGCAGACUGGCAAUCAAAGCUACCAUGAGGAGAGCCUGUAAGUGUCACGGAGUGUCUGGGAGCUGCAGCAUCCAAACCUGCUGGAUGCAGCUGGCCGACUUCAGAGAGGUGGGCAACUACCUGAAGCUGAAGCACGAGCAUGCAAAGAAACUGGAGAUGGACAAGAAGCCGGCGAGGGCUGGAAACAGCGCGGACAACCGAGGAGCCAUUGCGCACGCUCUCCGGAGCAUCGCCCGCACAGAACUCAUUUACCUGGAGGAUUCCCCGGAUUACUGCGUCAAGAACCACAGCCUGGGAUAUCAGGGCACCGAGGGCCGGGAGUGUCUGAAGGGUAACAAGAACAUGUCCCAGCGGGAGAGAAAGAGCUGCCGCAGACUGUGCUAUGAAUGCGGCCUCAGAGUGGUGGAGAAGCGCAUCAAUGUUGUGAGCAGCUGCAACUGCAAGUUUCACUGGUGCUGCACGGUGAAGUGCGACAAAUGCACUCAAGUUGUGACAAAAUAUUACUGUACACGUAAAGACGGUGGAAGAAAACCACAUAAUAAAACGAGGCGCAGGCACCGUGCGCGCCAGCAAUGAUUGCCACUGGUUGCAAAGACUAUCCUCAUCACUUUUCAUAUAUGGACAUCAAUAGGCAUUAUUCUGUAUUACAGAAAUGUUCAUUUCAAUUUCAACUGUUACAUCAUCUGAUGCUAUUUAAUGCACUUGAUCUUACUGAUUUGAUUCUGUACAGAAAUCAAACUAUCCACGAAUACUCACUCGUUCAUGGUGGCGUUUAAGGGAUAAUGGAUCAAAUUUGUUGGAUCUG